UGUCCACGGGGACGCGCACGUCCAGCUCCACGUGUCCACGGGGACGCGCACGUCCAGCUCCAAGUGUCGCGGGGCGCAACGAGCAGCGACAGCGAGCAGAGGCCGGCGGAGGGAUCGCCUUCCGGAAUUGCUUGUAAGAGUACCUUUUGUGUGAGCUACAAUCUUUAGAAGAAGUUUUUCAUUUGGCUAGUCUUUCGGAUGUUUGUGAAGAAUUGCACAAAGAAUUUCCAGCAACAAUGACAGAGGAUCUGAAGAGGAGAUUUGAAUUCCAAAAUUCAGUAAUCCAGUCACAGGCUGUAGGACAUCUUGUAGCUGCCAUUUUAAAAGAAAAUGGAUCGUCAUCUUUGAUAAACUAUUCUUCAGAUAAGAGUCCAGCAUUGAGCUUGUUGUGGGAGAAAUGCUGCUGUGACGAUGUGGUGGUUCGAGCAGCCUGCUGUGAGGCGCUGGUCGCCCUUGUGGCUCAGAACCAUGCCGAAUUAAAUUAUGUGCUCAAUGGAAUUUUGAAUCUAAUUCCUUCUGCCAGAAAUGCCCAAGGAUUGAUAAAAAGUAUUGGAAAACUGUUGCAGAUGCAAGUACAGAGUACUGAACAAAGUGGAAAAAUGCCAUAUUCAUGCCCCUAUACGAUCAGGAACCCUUCACAUCCAUAUAUUGUAGUAUUGGAAAACAGACCUGAUAGCUGGCCAUUUCUCCUUCAGCAGAUAUCAGCUAUAUUUCAACAACCCUCUGAGAGGCUAAAGCCAUCCAUCGUGCUUAUGAUGACACCAUUUUUCAAGUAUCUGUACUGUGAACCUCACUGCAAGCGGGAGAACACUGAGCUACGACUUAGCCUUCUUCAGGUUGUACUUCAGUCCCAAGAUGGCGGGGAAAAGGAUGAACCCAGUCUGUUUGCCCAGCACCUGCUCCGGCUCUUCUUUGACAUCAUUCCACACUUACAGUUGACAAGUUUGGCACAGAUUACAGAAGCUGCUUUUUUUCUUAAAGAAUUAUCACUUGCCUUCCUCCGCCACCCUCACUUCUGGAAAACUGAGUUGGCCCAGCUGUCUCUCCAACUACUGUGCGCCUGUGAAUUUAGCCUAAAAAUGACGGGAGAAUUCUCCUCUCUUUUUCAUCAAAUUCAGAUGAUUGUCAGCGUUGUUCCCAAGAGUAUUCCUACUGAGAAGAUGCUGGUUGGACUGAGCCUACUUCUACUCCAUACUCCGGCGUGUCAGCAGGAGGUAAUUUUAAAUCUUGCAUUGAAGAUCCUCUCUUUGUCACCCGUGCACGCCUCGCCCAAGGUAGCCCUAGUCCUAGUGAUGCCCUUACUGCAAAUAGCAUCUUCUGCCGUGGUCAUGGAAUGUACAUCAGAUGGAAAUGUUACAGUAUUUAACCAGCAAUUGGCUGUGAAAUUGCUUGAUAUCAUCCGAAGAGAGGAAACUGAGUUUGUGAGCAGACAGGAGCCGUCUCCUGAGCUUGCAUUUCACAUUACCAGUUGGUAUAGAACUCUCUUUGCAACUUGCAAACUGCUGGAUGAUUUCAGUUGCAAUGUCGAAUCCACUUCAGUUUGGUUGUCUUCUGUCAAAUCAACACUGGCUCUAAAUGACAAAGUGCCUGAACACAUUACUCUCCUGAUUGCUUAUGUAAUUUUAAAAGAGGACGGGGAAUGUCUACAGAACGCUCUGGAAACUGCUGCAGAAUUGGCUAAAGCCGAUGCUUCUCAGGUACCACAUCUGAUUUCUGUUUUGAUGUUCAAGUUGGGAAGGCCACUGGAACCAACUUUGUGUCAUGCUAUCCUUUAUACUCUUCCUGCUCUGGGCACACACAAGGUUUGUGUUGCUCAGAUCAUUCAUGCCAUACAAAUGAUGCGGAAAACACCAAAACUUAAAGCCAUAUCUCUGCGUCUUAUGACAAUUCUGUGGGAAAAUCAGGAUCGUGUGUAUCCAGAGCUGCAGAAAUAUAUGGCAUUAGUUGAUGCUCCAUCUGUCUCUUGUGCUAAAGAAGACCACUGGGAGCAAUUAAUAGCCAAAGCUGCGUCGAUCAGGGAGAUCUGCAGAAAGAGGCCUUACCAGCAUGGAGCUGAUAUGUUAGCAGCAAUCUCCAAGGUGCUGAAUGAAUGUACAAGACCAGACCAGGCUACACCUGCAGUACUUGCACUCCAGGGCCUGCAUGCAAUGUGCCAAGCUGAGGUGGUUGACAUUCGUUCCACAUGGCAUGCUCUGUCUUCGAAGCUCAGCUGUGACUCACGACCACUGGUUGUCAGAGCCCUGACUGAAGUGUUUGCUCUGGUUCCUUCGCUAAAUCUUAAGUGCAUCGAAUAUGAGAAAUUCAGAGAGCAAGUUGUAAGCAUGUUGUGGAGCCACGCCCAGAAUAAGAACUCCCUCAUAGCCAGUUCAGCAUACAAGGCUCUUUCGGCUUUUAGCACUGAGGAAUACACAAUUCUUCACCUGCCGGAAGAGGUACGGCCAGAAAGAAAAAAUGAUUAUGAAAUGGAUGAAGAGAUGGAAUUAAAUGUAGAAGAAGAGGAAAAAGAGGAAGAUCUUUCAGUCCCAGGUGCAUCGUAUAUAAAGCUAUUAUUAAUAACCCCUCAGCUGGUGUUGUCUGCUUUUGAAGAGUUUUUGUCGUCCCUUGUGAACCAGGAAUUAAGUGUAAUGCCCCGUGGAGUGUAUUAUUCUGCAAUGCGAGGUGGAACCGUGCGUUCUGACCAAGGGAAGACCGUAGCUGGGAUUCCCAACUUCAUGCUUAAGACUUAUGAGAAGAACAAACAACCUGGACUGAAAUCUGGGCUGGCAGCUGGCUUAUUGCUAUGUUAUGAUCUACAUAUCCAAACUGACAAAGAUGGCAAGCCUAUUAAUCGCUUUCUUGUUAGUAGAGGUCGCAGUUAUCAGCAGAUGCUUGCAGCCCUAAUUCAUGAGGUGCCCAUUCAACCUUCUGAAUGGCAUAAAUCAAUUUUGAUGUCCCAAGCAUGGCUAGGAUUUAUGGCCAGAACAUAUCAGGCUGUUCUGCAGGGGAGACAGGCUGAGUUGGAGAUGCAGCAGAAGCAUGGGAAAGACGAUCCCGAGGAGCUCCAGUACAAGCAGUUCAUAUCCUGGCUCUGGGCGAGGGACAUGCUAACUGACGUAGUUAAAUCAGCAGCAAAGGACAGCCCGGUUGUGCAGGGAAAUUCCAUCCUUGCCUUAACAGGACUUGCUGUGACGGUGGCCAAAUAUGAAAGUAGCUUGCCAUCCGAAGUCAACGAUGUCCCUGAAAUCGGGGCCGAUGUCUUGCCAACAAAGCAUUGGAUAUCCAUGGUGGUGGAGACGCUGCUGAGCAUUGUCGACAGCCGCUACCGUCCAAAGGGACGCAUUUUCCCAUGGUUCCAACAUAAAUCUUAUUCUGGAGAGAGUACAGCCAGUGCCAUAGCUCGUUCCUGCGCUGCGAUUGCUUUGACUCUCCUUGUGCCUGUUUUCAUCACAUCGCACAAAGAAAACAUCGAGGAAGUCCUCAGCAUUUUCACCUCUGGCUUACCAGGAAAACCAAAUGCCGAUGAGUCUCACACUGUACAGUUUCAUACAGGACUGGCCAUGGGAAUGUUCCUGUCCCGCUUAUAUGAAGAACGAAUGAGUGAUGUUUCAGCACAGAAAAUGAAUUUGCUGCUCAUGAAAUCUCUCGAUGCAUUGGAGAAAUGCUGCUUUGACAUGAACCUGGAAUACAAUACAGGAUGUAUCCUGGGAGUUGGCCUGGUUCUAUCCCUCAUGAGUCACAGCAGCCAAACAGAGUCCCGUGUGCAUGUCUCUGUCACCCUUGGGAAGCUCUGCACUAGCUUGGAUGAAAGUGCAACUCAGACCAGGGUACUGCAGGAGGUUCUGGCUUAUUCAAUUGCAUGCGUAUGUAUUUCUGCGUUCAAUGCUGGUAUCAUACAACCGAAUGAGGCCGAGGAGAUCAUGAAUAAGCUGCGCACCUUGACAGAGCAGAGUCAACAGACUCCGGGCUUUGCAAUGGCUCUGGGAAAUGUAGCUCAUGGGCUGGCAGUAUGUGGGCACGGCAAGGCUGAAGACCUUCAAACCCGACUGCUUUCUGCUUGGUUGAAAAUUCUUUUAGCUGAGGGUUGCCCAACUAUGCAUCGAUUAGCUGCAAUAAAUGGGCUUGUUGCUUUGGUGGGAUCUGAAAGUUCUGUGAUACAGCUGAAAUCAGAAACGAUCCAGUCAUCCCAGUUUCAAUCAAAGAUGAAUGAAGUUAUCAGAGCAGUGACACAAAUUAUUAGUUUUUCCGGAGUAAUUGGACUGCAAUCCCAUGCAGCUUAUGUUUUAGGACACCUUCAUUUGACCAGCAUGUCAUCCAGUCAAAGUCGGACAUCAGUUCCUCCAGAUUUUGGGUAUUUGCCAGAAAAGAGUGUUCUCAGAUGUGCUGCUGACUAUAUUAUUGAAGCAGGAAAAAAAGGUCCUGAGUCAAUUCCUCCCCAGCUAGUGAAGGUUUUGUUGGGGCCGAUUGCGAGAUGUGGGACCAGUUAUCAAUUUCCACCUGUGAAUUGGGCUUCCAUACUAUCUCCACUUAUGAGACUGAAUUUUGGUGAAGAUAUCCAGCAACAUGGCAUUGAAGUUGCAGUGACCCAGGCUCAGACAUCUCAAAGUGCUGCAAUGUUUUUAGGAAUGUGGAUAGCACCACCCUUAGUGCAUAGCCUUAAUCUCACAAUGAGGAAAUAUAUCUUUACAUCUCUUGCUUCCUGGAUGAAACACGUGCCAGAAGAUAAACUUCAGACAUUUGUUGAAGUUCUUGCGGUCCAAUACUUCACCACAGAGAGCAGGCAGAGAAGCCUCGAAGUUUGCCAUUCUAUUCUGCAAGGACUAAAUGAAGCCAUGAAGGUUCCCAACCAAGUGCAACACAGCUGGGGCGUAUUGUGCAGAAGUGUUGAGAAGAUUUUUGAGAUGCUGCCCAAUGAAAUUCAGGUCAAUGAACUAAACAUUUAUGUUGGAGUUGCCAAAUGCCUUUCUGAGCUUGGUGAUAGUGAGAUAGAUAGAGUGACCCAGGCAACCAAGGACACAAUUGUGAAGUCCACCUUUAUAAGAGGAUAUUUAGUAUCCCAGGGCAGGGUUCCAUUACUGUGCUUUAAUGACAUCAUCACUACUGCAACAGGCACCUGUUGGUUGGAGACAGUUACCUGGAUUAUGUUGCAGAGCUUUUACCAAUCUCGGCUGGUUAGCCACCAGAACACAGGUGUCAUGAAACGGAUGGAAUGGCUACUUGAGCUCAUGGGACAUAUUCGAAAUGUUGCUUAUGGGUCGACUCCUAUGCAGAAGCCAGAUUCAGAAGAGGCCACGGACUUUGUGCUGCAGAUAUUUGCUGCUGCUGUUGCUGCAUGGUGUGAUCACACCACACCACUGAUGCUCGGUGUUACUGCCAACUGGCAACCCUGGAUUGAAAGGAAACAUUUUACCGACAAGAUGCAAUCUCCCAUCGGAGCAAGUUCCCUGGAUUCCUUGGCUGUCCAUCAGUGUCUUCAAAUUCUACCACAAAGCAUUCUGCUACUUCUGGCUAAAGAACCAUGGAAAGACCAAACACAAAAAUUUGUUGAUUGGUUCUUUGCCUUAGUAGAAAGUCCACUUGGAUCAUUACCAGCGAACACAUUGAAUUUGAUCAAAGCGACACUACUGGGUCUGCGGUUUUUGCCAGAGUUCAGGAAGAAGGCAGUUUGGACUCGCACAUACGGCUGGUAACUGCCAUUUGUUCACAAUCUCCUGUUUGAAACUAAUCAGAUGAACUGGCUUUGCCAGCAAGCUCUGUGGGUGCAAAUUAAAAGAAGUAUUCACAUGGCACAGAGCUAGUCAAAGAGCCAUAGACUUCAAGCUGCUGAUACGGAAAUUGCUCCGGAGGUUGCAUCUAUCACAUGCAAGUUGGUCAUUACAUAUGAAGAGAUAUUUAAACAGUUAACAUGACUUUAAAAUAGAAAUGUUCUUGAAGCGCUUACCAGUGUGUCGGGAAUGCAUUUGAAAACUGACAUAUUUACCUUGUGGUUUGAAGUUCUGUUUCUUAAGAAUCCUUAUUGUCGUUUAAGUUAUUGACAUGUGGCUCCAGGAAGAGCUGUUUUUGUUAAUUUACACCAUCAUCUUAUGUACUAAGAAAAUGUGCUGCUGUAAGUCAAACUAAUAUAAUAAAAUUCAUGUCCAGAAAUUA